GACUUAGCGUUGUAGUAAUAUUGAGAUAAAGAAAAAGCAACAGCCUCGACUAUCAUUAUUUUACAAGGCUAAUUAGUGCGUCAAAGUUCCGACACGAGUCCUUUCUUGUUGUUAGAAAUUUUGUAGUUUAAUGUAAUAAGGACUCGUGGAUGCGGUGUGUAUCCGCGUAAUUUCGGUUGUUCGUCACACUGACGGACAUCCAGACGGAACAAAUUGUCCUGUUCACAUUUCGUAAUGGCGAAAUCCAUUAAGGGAAACAAAGCACACGCGAACGCUCGCCGAACUUUUUAUGAUUCUUGGAGAAUUAUCUGCGUACCCGAUACUUUAUAUUCGGAAGCUUGAGAAGAAAACGCAUUAAAUAUUCGCAUUUUUAUUUAUCACGACAAUGACGCACGUUCUAAUUCUUUUCAUCACUCUCGGUGUUUAUUGUGCACUGGCGGAGAAAAGUGAAUUCCCGGUGACAACUGAACUUUCAAAGAAAUACUCUGCAGAUUCCGAGGACAAACUUCUCGAAAAUAUCAUUCGCGCGAAAAACUCAUCGCAGCUUAUCCUAGAUAAUAACAGCGAGGAAGAGAAGAAAACAGACAAGAAACCAAGAACUGUCAUACAUCGCGACUCGAAUCUCGACAGAGAUAACUGUUGCGGCCGUAGAUACAGUAUCAGCGAAUCUACUCGACCGGAUUACAAUUACAACAAGAUCCCUUUGGAUAUCGGACGUUAUCCUUCUCAAUAUAACGAGCGAAAUCCUGUUGACAGAUACGGAUGGCAGAUACAAAAUCGACCCUCAAGUUCCACCGGAAACGGCGGUAGACCCGGAGGAGGAGGAGGAGGAGGAGGCGGAAGCGGAAGCUACGCAGGAAGUCAGUCAGGAGACAGGUAUCCAUCGCGUCCAGUGUACGGAAGUGAAAGUGCUAACAGACCCAGCACUUUGGGAUACGGUUCUGGAAAUUCUGGAGGAUAUGGUUAUGGCGUUAGCAGUCAUGGGGGCUAUAACAGGCCGUCUGGAUACGGAGGUUUGAACGGCGGCUAUGGUGUUUCGGGAACAUUGGCGGACGGUGACGAAUUCGGUCCUGGCGACUCGGCUUAUCCGGAUGAAAAUGUGCCGCAGCAUCCCGGAAAUCUUCACGCGCAAAAGGCCGUAGCGUUAAAGGCUCUAGCUGGUGUUGCAUUGAUCGGAGCAGCAGCGGCGUUAGCUUCAAAUCCGGUUCUCCUACCAAUUGGCAUCGUAGGCGGAAGGAGGAAAAGAUCGGAAACUUUCUUGGAGGAAGCGCAAAACGGCUACCAAAUGGAUUACAUUUUGAACAUGUUGAAGAAAAAUUUAGUCAAGAUACAAAAAGACGGCUCGACCAACAGAUUGAUCGUUUCCCCGAGAUGCGUCGCCAGGUUGACUUGCGAAAUCCAGAAGGAUUAUCUGUCCGAUCUCGACAAGGACGUCGAAAUCUUGAAUGCUAAUCGGAAAUAUCAUCUUACCAAUCUAAUACGAAACAACGUGCUUAAUGUCUCUUCCGUGAGCUCAAACGUGAAGGAUUUAAUCAAUCUGGCAAUCGGCGUCGCGACGGAAAAUAGAAGUUGCAAUAUGUUUGCUUGUAACUACGUAAGGAAAGCUUGAAUAAUUUUUUUUUUUUUAAAUAUUUCAACCAUAUAAUUAUAUCACACUUAUCCAAUACUAUUUGAUAAAAAAAGAAUUCAUGUACGCAUAAAUAAAGUCUCCUUGUACAAUAGUAGUAUAAAUUGAGAAAAUUGUGAGUCGAUUUGAAAUUCCCUCCAGAAAUAUCGCC